CGCCAGCAAUCAAUCGUCCGCUCCUCUUCGCCGCGCUUCCACCGCGGUCUUCUGCUCUUCACCGCGCCUUCCCUUCCUGUGCAGCCCUUUGGUUUUUGUCACCGUUCCUUCACGCGCGGCCCAUCCCUGUCACGCCCACAUGCGGUCGAGCUGCCUGCGCACCUGGAGCUCUCCCUCCCCAAAACAAAACUCUGAGGAGACUUCGCGCCAGUGACUGACGCCAUCAACACCGCCAACUCUACCCAUCAAGGCAGCCUCCCCCAACACCACUCUCUUCCAUCCAGAGCUGUCGGGCACCCGACACUACAUUUCCCCUCUCUAUUAAUCCCCGGACGCCCUGCGCAAACACGGCGACGUCGUCGUCGUCGCGCGUCCUGGAGCCAUGUUCUCCCCAUCGCAACACAAUGGUUCCGACCGGGCAUCGACAGGGCCCAUGACCCGAGGCCGACGGCGCCAGCGUCCCCAGAGCACCGACAACUCCGUGCAACAGCCGAAAGCGAAAAGGCAGCGCGUUCCUCUGAACGAGCAGACUUUCGUCAACCCCGAUGCCAACAUCCCGCCACCGAGGGACAAUUACGAGGUCAAGGCCGCCAAGUUCCCGUCUGUCGAUAUCAAGCAAGACGGGAUCGAGGCAGAACUUCCCCAGCGCCAGCCUUCUCGCGAGCUCAGUGUCCGCUCGAAAAAGACUCGACCUGCCGAUCGGGUAAACAAGGGAGAUGGCAGUACGCUACUGACAACUAACAGCGCCUUCGAAGUGCGCAAGCUGCCGGCUCUGCCCGAACGUCUCAAGCACGAUGCGACCAGCCAACAGCAUGGAUCCCUGGACAACUCGACCGGCUACGCGCUCAGCGUCAGUCACACGCAUGCCAUCGUCUGGCUGUACACUGCUGCAUCCCAGACUCCGGAAUCCUUCACAUUCACAUUGCCUCAGCCAUCAAGGCAUGCUUCUGAUCCACUCCCUAUUGGCUCGCUUGUCUCGCCAUCCGCAUCUUCCUCGGAACCUGGGCUUGUGGUGGUCAUGCCGACGACCGGCAAGAUUGCAUACUGGGAGUCGAUCUCCAGCGCCACAACAUUCGAUUUCAUGAGGCAACAACGUAACGGCUUGGAAGAUUCUGUUACGGGCAUGUUCUCUGGUGAAACCAUCAUCCAGCUUGUCAACGCCGAGUCUUCCGCCGGUUUCAUCCUCACCUUCAGCAGUGGACGACUGGCUUACUUGAGUGUACGAGACUCGCAUGGACGGCCAAAGAUCUCGACUCAGUUCCUUCGCACUUCUCUCGGUCCGGCUAGCAGUGGAUUCUUCGGCAGCAUCCGACAUGCUCUAUCAUCGGCUGCGCAAGGUGAUCUCGCAGCUGUCAGAGCUGAACGAUAUGUCAACCCUGGCGAGAGCACUGUAGUCGCUGCCACGAGCAAGGGAAAGCUCCACGCUUGGAGGAUACACCGUGGUGGCCAUCAUGAUGUCUUGGCCGAAGUCGACGCCCGUGCCGACAUACUCGAGAGCAUCCACGAACAUGACCAAGAGAGCUCAAAGUACUCAGCCGAGUCAUUCAAGGUUCUUGACUUCUGUUUCGUCUCGAGGAACGUCGAGCCUAGAUACGCGGAGAAGAGUGAACUCGCCCAGCCCCAGGACGGAUUUGAGCACCUGUUGCUGCUCACAUCCAUGACCAGGAAAUCUGCAAGCCGAUUUGUCCUCGUCGAAGUCUCUAUAUCAACAAACCACCCAGAGCCUUCAGUAAACGUUGGCAUGGUGCGGCGCAUCACGGCUUACAACUGCAUGCUUAAAUCACCUGCGGUCGAGCAACCGCGCCUCUACUUGCCGAAGCCGAACAUGGUUGCCUUCCUGGUUUUCAGCCAUGCAGUGGUCAUCGCGUCCAUCGCCGCGCCCCUCGAGUCACCAGACGCCCAAAUCUUGGUGGAUAGCCACGUGCUUUCCACUACUUAUGAGGACGUGGUCGACUUCCGCGCAGGCACGGCGGCAGAGGUCAUCGGAUCGGGUUUGGAAGAACCUCAUCACUUCAACACAUCUUCCGAAGAAGCACGUCAGUCGAGGGUCAAGGCUAAGAACCCCGCGGUCGUCUUGCUGCUUCGUGGAUAUGGAACCAUCCGCAUAAGCGUGUCCGACGUGGAGCGAUUUGCCAGCGAGACACCGCCGACUACGACCGCCAAGUCGAAGCUCGAGCAAGCAGUAUUCUUCGGUGUCAAGGACGAUAGCCCCCUAGUAUUUGACUUCCCGCGGGAGCAGCCUUUCUCAGACGCAGAGUAUGGUCAGGCGGCGCUAGCACUUAGUCGUGAAAUUCUUGCUUCGCGGGGACAGCACUUAUCCACCGUCGCUGCACGAGUCGAUGUCAACAUCCGUGAGCGGAUCCGAUACUUGGAGAAACUCAUGUACCACAUGCAGGCUAUUGGUAUCAAGCUUGAUCGCAAGACCAAGUGGACGCUGUUAUGGAACGCGGAGAAGAUGUUUGUAGCCGGUACCGUCUGGCGCAAACACGAGGCUUUCACCAGCGCGCGCGCAGAAAGCGGUCGGAAAAGCCUCGUUGCUGAGGUUGUCGAGUACAUCCGCAAAGAACAGGGUUCAAUACCUGAUCCGGAAAAGGGCGAGGUGGACCAGGUCCGUCACUGGUUCAUCCGCGACAUCCAUGACAUGGAACUGUUCCUCGCCUGGGCUUACGAGGUCAUCAAGUACAACUCUCGGGCCAACCUCGAUCCAUCAUCCCUGACACGUUUCAUCUUCGAGUCAUGCGAUGUUUACAACAGUGCAAUUCGCGAUGCUUGGAGGUUCCGGCGUGACAAUCUCGGUCUCUAUGGCUUAUCCGACGAGAAGAUUGAGAACGGCAUAAUUGCGAGCGACUACGCCGGUCUCCCACUACCUUGGACGUGUCAUCCCUUCAUCACCAACAACGUGAAAAGGCAACUCGAGCUUGCCACGGAAUGGGUGCGACAAAACUGGGCGGCGCAGUCGGAAGCAGAGCGCGCGAAGCAGCCCCUUAUUGUUCAGACUCGUGAGCUCCUGCCACAGGUCACUGAGGUGUAUCUCACCGCCCUCCAGGAGCUCUCUCGAUCGUUCCUGGCCAGCGACGACCCUGCCCAACUUGCUGAUGGCCACAAGUAUGAAGGCAUAUACAAGCUCGACCGUCACGACAAGAUCGUGGGGCUGGCCAAGUCUGAGAACUGGCAAGCGGCGAUCGUAAUCGCGGAGCACCACAGGUCUCUUCCUGCCCUGGCUGAAAUCCUCACGAGGGAGAUCGACGCCAUGAAGGAGAACCAGCUAGCCGAAGGCCUGAACCAGGAACAGAUUGACGCGAUUGAAGUGGUCAUAUCCGAAAAGGAGUUGAAGGUCAAGGAAUGUUUCGACAAGUACGGCGAGGCGUUUGCGUUUCCGUUUUACGACUAUCUCUUCAGCACUUACGGUAUUGAUGCUCUACUGGAGUAUCCGGGAGACAGGAAGUACAAGACGCUUUUCUUCAGAGACCGGCCGGAGCUGGCCAAGGUGUCGUGGAUCAACGAUAUCAUCAGCGAAGAGGAUGUCGACCAUGCUGCCAACACUCUUGUCGAGCUGGGUCUCACUAAGGAGCAACAGCUCUGGAACAAGAAGAUCGAGCUAAGUCUCGGCAAGCUAGCAAGGCUCGCAGAGGUCUCUUCACGUCCGUCCAGCAAAGCAUCACACGGUGCCCAAGAUGCCAGCGUCAAUGCAGUGGCCGCCGACGCUCGUAUGGAUGCAAUUGACCGAGAGCUUGCCAUCAUCACCAUUCAGAACGAUCUCUACAACACCCAGAUUCGGCCAGUCAUCAGCACGGCGUUGGACGAGCAGACUGAGCUUGAUCUUGCUCUCGAGGCGUUCCCCAUCCACGGGUUGCCCAAGAAAUACAAGAUCCUCACGCAGAUCUUUGAGGACGCAUUGACGCGUCUCCUGAAGCACGAAGCUCUGGAUCCGCUCACCCUCAUCGACCUUCUUACUCUAAUCAAGCUCUCACCUGACACCAUCGAGGAUCUGCCUGACCAAUUCUUCCUUGCCCUUCAGGUGGCCCGGAACGGACUGGCUGGAGACGAACGUGUCCAGGCAGAGAGGCUCAUCUGGAGGAGAUGCUACCUCCGCGCAGACUGGAAGGAAGUCAACGACACGUCUCGCAAAAACGACGAUGACGUCGUCACAUAUAUCAGCCAGUCAGACCUAUUCGCGUUACUCUGUACUUUGUACGCCAGUGGACAUCAAGGUGAUGGUGUUACCUACCACCGUGUUUCGCCCUCUGAGGCUCUCGGUGUCUACACAGAGACCCUCGACCGCCGUUGGGAGAAGGCGGACAAGGGCGCACGCGACAAGGUUCUCGAGGCGAUGCGUUGGGAGGACAGUAUCCUCCGCAAGCACGUCGAAAAGCACCGGUUAGAUCAAUGGGCCCAGGAGACACGCAAGUACGCCGAAGAUGCCGUGGACAGCCAGUACGACAGGCAGACGGCGAUCGGUGGCACUGCUGACAGCACCCCGCGCUCGCCCCAAGUACUUGUUCCCAAGUCGCCCAAGAAGUCGCCCAAGAAGUCGCCCGUGAAGAGGCAAACCAGAGCUGCGGCGGCGAACCACGCCACGGUCCAGAACGGGACGGCGCACUGAGUCUCGGAGG